CGCGCUUCAGUCUUCCUGUUUGGGUGCCGCAGCUGGAAAAAUGGCAGCUGAGACUGGGCGAUACAGGACUGCAGUUAGCAAAAACAAAGACCCUUCUGGUCUUCUCAUCUCUGUCAUAAGGACUCUGUCCAGCAGUGAUGAUGUGCAGGACAGGGAGACAGAGAAGGGUCGACUGGAAGAGGCCUUUGAGACUUGCGACAGGGAUUUAGAUGAGCUGAUUGUUCAGCACUAUGCUGAACUAACCACCGCCAUCAGGACCUACCAGAGCAUCACCGAGCGCAUCACCAGCUCACGCAACAAGAUCAAACAGGUGAAGGAGAACCUCCUGUCUUGUAAGAUGCUUCUCCACUGCAAAAGGGAUGAGCUAAGGAAGCUGUGGAUAGAGGGCAUCGAGCACAAGCAUGUCCUCCAGCUGCUGGAUGAAAUCGAAAGCAUCAAGCAGGUCCCUCAACGGCUGGAGGCAUAUAUGGCAAGCAAGCACUACCUUCAUGCCACAGAUAUGCUGGUGUCAGCUGUAGAGUCCCUGGAAGGUCCCCUGCUGCAGGUAGAGGGGCUUGGUGAUCUGCGCUUGGAGCUCCAUGGCAAGAAGCUCAACAUCCACCUUGUACUCAUUGAUGAGCUCCACCGACACCUCUACAUCAAAUCCACAAGUCGUCUGGGACAUAAGAACAAGGACAAAAAUGCUGUUCGCCUUCCAGGCUCCACUCCCAAAGACACAUCUCCAAUGCCUGUGUUGGAUGUCAGCAGCCUGUCUACCCCACGCAAGCUUUUGGAUUCAUCACAGUUCAGCACACCUGGAUCCAGCAGUGUGCGUGAGCUGCAGCAGGAUGUGCGAGAGUUAAACCAAGCGGAGCUCUCUGAGGUGGAUCCAGAGGGGAACAGUGCUGAGUUUAUGGGCAUCCUGAUCAAGGCUCUGGCCAAGUUGAAGAAAAUCCCUGAGACCAUCAAAGCCAUAAUGGAGCGGCUGGAACCUGAGCUGAAACAGAUCGUCAAGAGGUCCACCACUCAGAUAGCAGACCAUGCUUACCAGAGAGGAGAGAACUUGGCCCAGGAGAGCAAGCCAAGGCUGCUGCUGGAACUGCUGGAGCUUUUGUUUGAUAAGUUCAAGGCAGUGGCCCAGGCUCACAGCGUGGUGUUGACCCACCUGCAUCAGAUCGCAGUGCAGUGCCCUGGCGGGGCCCACAAUGAGGGCAUCAAACUCUACGAGCAGGCCGACGUCUCUGCCAAGAUCCAGACAGUGCUGCAGGUUCUGCUUAUGGAGUAUCUGGAUGUGAAGAACAGCCGCAGUGCCACAGAGCCAUCGGCUCAGCUCUCUUACGCCAGCACUGGCAGUGAGUUUGCUGCUUUUUUUGCGAAGAAAAAACCACAGCGCGCCAAGCAGUCGCUUUUCAAGUUUGAAUCAUCUUCCCAUGCCAUCAGCAUGAGUGCCUACUUGAGAGAGCAGAGGCGAGAACUCUACAGCAAGAGUGGAGAAUUACAAGGUGGUGCUGAUGACAACCUGAUCGAAGGGGGAGAAAUGAAGUUUGUGUGUAAACCAGGAGCAAGGAACAUCACCGCCAUAUUCCAGCCUCUUCUCAGGUUCAUUCAGGAGAUAGAGAUGAACAUGGGGCCAGGUCAGGCCAAGCAGUGCCAGCUCCGAGCCUUCCUCACUUACUACAUCAAUGACCUCUUCCUCAACCAGGUGCGAACAGAGAUCAACAAGGAAAUUGAGGCAGUGAGCAAGGCAGCUGACCCCUUGAAGAUUCUUGCCAGCGCUGAUACCAUGAAGGUGCUGGGCGUCCAGAGACCCCUGCUGCAGAGCACAGUGGUAGUGGAGAAGUCCAUCCAGGAUCUAAUGAGCCUAAUGCAAGACCUGAGUGCCUACUCCAACCAGUUCCUUGAGAUGGUCUGCGACAAGCUCAAAGAGUACAAGGAAAUCUGCAACACAGCCUACAGAGGUGUAGUCCAGUGUGAGGAGAAGCUCACCAUCAGUGCCUCUUGGUCUAAAGACGAGGACAUCAGUCGUCUGCUCCAGUCCCUCCCUAACUGGGCAAAUAUGGCCCAACCCAGACAGACGCGACAGAAGAGAGAGGAUGAAGAGGACUUUACUCGUGCGGCUUUUGCUAAGGAGUCGGAGGUGCUGACUGGGAACCUGGGAGACAAGUUAAUCCCCCAGAAUGAGAUCUUGCGGGACGUCAGUGACCUGAAGGCUCUGGCCAACCUUCAUGAGAGCAUGGAGUGGCUUGCUGGUCGCCUUAAGACCUUCUUCACUAACCUGCCUCAUACCUCCAGUCCAUCUCCAUGCUCAGCGGACAGCCAGGUGGUUGGUCAGAGUGAACGUAGCAGGGAGCAGAUUCUCCAGACUCUAAGUGACCUGUCAAAGGGGUUCCAGGAUAUUGCAGACCGCUGUCUCCUGGUAUUGCACCUGGAGGUCAGGGUGCAUUGUUUCCAUUACCUGAUCCCCCUGACUAAGCAAGGCAAUUAUGCUAUUGUGGCUAAUGUGGAGAGCAUGGACUACGACCCACUGGUGGUCAAACUGAACAAGGACAUCUCAGCUAUAGAGGAGGCCAUGGGAGCCGCCCUGCAGCAGCACAAGUUCCAGUACAUAUUUGAAGGUCUGGGUCAUCUGAUCUCCUGUAUUCUAAUCAAUGGGGCCCAGUACUUUAAGAGGAUCAGCGAAUCUGGUAUCAAAAAGAUGUGCAGGAACAUCUUUGUCCUCCAACAGAACCUCACCAACAUCACCAUGUCCAGGGAAGCGGACCUCGACUUUGCCAGGCAGUACUAUGAGAUGCUGUACAACACUGCAGAUGAGCUGCUGAAUCUGGUGGUGGACCAGGGUGUUCGCUACACAGAGCUGGAGUACAUCAAUGCCCUGUCCUUACUCCAUCGCAGCCAGACAGGUGUAGGGGACCUGAGCACCCAAAACAUCCGGCUUCAGAGGCUGAAGGAGAUCAUCUGUGAGCAGGCGGCCAUCAAACAGGCAACCAAGGACAAGAAGAUCACUACAGUGUAAUGCUUAAACAGGACAUGGUCCAGAGGGGGGAUGAUGACCAAUCAAGAAUCUCUGUCCCUCAAAUUUUUAGUUUCAGAUCCUUCAGAUCUGUCUAGCAGGAUCACAAGCAGCAGAUAAUUGGGUCAUGUGUGAGAGUGUAAGGAGUGAUAUAGCAAAAAGUUGCACCACAGGGGAUAUUUAGGAAUUGGGUUAGAUAACACAGAAAUAGAUGCUUGAUCUAAAACUAGAUCAUAAAGUGUGUGAAAUAUGUUGAUGGAAAGUGUGUCUGCUCCAUUUUUGUGAUGAAACGCAUUGUAGUCGAGGGUUGGCACAGAUGUACUUUCCAACUCUGGGCAUGUAGAUUACAUACUGUAGAUAUAUAAUAUGUGGAAUAUGUGGGAAGUGAGGUGGCAGAAGGUAACCUGUAUUGUCAAUUUACACAUUUCAAAAGACACAACAAAUGCAGCACUAGUGCUCCAACUCCAACAGUCCCCUCCGACUCCAGCUCCUGCAAUAACAAUAACGGGCGAUUGUCUUGGACACUCAACCAAACUUAGGCCCCAUCUCAUCUCAUUUUCUUAUUAGAUCUAAACUGCUGCUCUAAAUUACACUAUCUCUCCUCAUGGCAGCCCCAUGGGCCCACUGAUUCUGUCUGCAAUAACAGAUGCGAGAUUAGACUGUCUGAGGCUGCUGUCAGUUUGGGUUGUUCCCCAUAGAUUGCCCUAACUGAGAAUUGUAUCAUAUCUAUGGCUGUUAAAAUCUGUUUAUCUGUGUUGUUUUUUUCUUAUAGUUUGUGCAGUAAACUAGUGUGGAAAGUUGUGAGCUGAUUUAACUUACUCAGUAAUGAAGAUAUUUUUGCUGAUUUCAGUUUCAUCUUUUCAUAAAACAGGAUUUUAUUUCAGAUGUUAUAUUUCAAGUCCAGCCCACCACAGUGGAAUGACAUGGGUGUGAGAAUGCAUUUUGUCAGUCAUACUAGCUCUAUUAACCAAAACGAUGCAAUUCUAAAUCUUGUUGUCCCCACUACAUGUGUGCAAGUCUUUUAAAUUGAACUAAACGUAUAAACUCAAGAGACGAUCACAAAUCAUUCCCCUCCCUGCAACCCUCCCUGUUUUUAGUUCAUUAACUUUGGAGAGAAGUACUUAACGAGAGCAGGAGAGGGGAAUGGGAGCCUUGUCAAUACAGCAGGCCCGGCGCUGGUCUCCCUGAAGCCCAUGGAGCAAUCCAUCAUAAUGACACAUAGGCUGGGAUCGAUGGGAAAACAACCACGGAGCUGCUGAGGGGUUCGCCUACCACUCUGAAACGUUCACUUGGUGUAAAAUCUAAAAUCUGCUCAUUCAGCUGUACAGCACUUCAGAGUUACUUUUGUUAUGUUAUACAUGGGAAACUUUAAUACAAUGUUAACUGUGUCAUGUCACACACACUAUUAUACUAUUAUCCCACUGCACACACAUAACCUCUAAAUGUUCAGAAUGCUUACCGUAUGUAUUGGGCAUACUCAAUAUAUGUAAGUGCCAACCACUCCUGCUGUCCAUUCUUUUUAUUCAGGAAUUAAAUAUCUAACACAUAAUUAAGGUUAGUUUUUUUUACUUGGAGGCAAAACUCAACUCAUUUCUAUCUCAUCUAUUUUUCUUUGCAGUGGAUCUUUAUUUUGCACAUUCUUUGAUUAGAGUAAUUUCUAUGUUUCACGUAAUCAUGUAUUGAAAUCGAAACAUCAAAGCGUGUUUGAUUGCGCCUCUUGUCAUAAAUGCUCAGACAUGUUUGUCUAGUCUAAAUUAAGCACACAUUUGUUAAUGCAUACACACAUACACUGAAAAAAUAAAAAUUCCAACCUUG